UGAAUUAUACUUAGCAACUUCAUUACAUGCCUCAUAGCUCCAGUCUCAAACUGAACCCCGUUCCUGCUGAAGAAGAGGAGGUCUGCUGGAUGGAGAAAGCUCUCGUGAAAGAGGAGGAGGAAGAGGAGGCUGUUACAAUACAAAAAGAAGUCGAGGUUGAGGCUGUUCCCGUGAAAGAAGAGGAGAAAGACGUCUCAGUUAAAGAAGAGGAGAAAGACGUCUCAGUUAAAGAAGAGGAAGACUCGUUCAGACUUAAACAGGAGGAGGUCGACGACGACGUUUCAGUGAAAGAAGAAGAGGAGGGGGAGGUGACUGUCACAUCGAACAAUGAAGAAGAGGAGGAAACUGGAUAUCUGGGCCCGGUUUCCCAAACGCAUCUUAAGGCAUCCGAUGGUUCUAACGAUGAACGGGCCCUGAUUAACACUAGAGAGAGACGGGACUAUCGUGGAUCCUCUGGGGGGCCUCAACAACAUCAUGAUCAUGAUGCUGAUGAAGCAGGGAAGAGUCCCUCCAUGUCAAAACUCCUCAAGAAACACCAGCAGAGACCCACAGGGAAGAAAUCUCAUUGCUGCUCUGACUGUGGGAAAGGUUUCAAAUCCUCAUCAGAACUUAAAGUACACCAGAGAACACACACAGGAGAGAAACCUUAUAGCUGUGAUCAAUGUGGGAGGAGUUUUACUGCAUCUAGUGGUCUGACAGUACACCAAAGAACACACACAGAAGAGAAACCUUAUAGCUGUGGUCAAUGUGGGAGGGGUUUUACUACAUCUAGUGGUCUGACAGUACACCAGAGAACACACACAGAAGAGAAACCUUAUAGCUGUGAUCAAUGUGGGAGGAGUUUUACUACAUCUAGUGGUCUGACAGUACACCAAAGAACACACACAGAAGAGAAACCUUAUAGCUGUGGUCAAUGUGGGAGGGGUUUUACUACAUCUAGUGGUCUGACAGUACACCAGAGAACACACACAGAAGAUAAACCUUAUAGCUGUGAUCAAUGUGUGAUGAGUUUUACUGCAUCAAGCAAUCUGAUAAGACACCAGAGAACACACACAGGAGAGAAGCCUUAUAGCUGUGAGCAAUGUGGGAAGAGUUCCGGUUGGAGCGAAAGUGAGGAUGUGUCUGGCUCUGGCUAA